AUGGGAUCUCAAACUGGCGGCGGGGUUUCCACGGCCCAUGUCAAUAUGAUGACAGACACCAUCAUCGCUAACCUCCCCGCUGACGGUCUUCGCGUGGUGGUUAGAACACUGCUCGUCUUAUGCCCGGAAAUUACGGGCGCAUUUGAACGGGAGACGAAAAAAUACAUCACGCAGAGAGUCGCGUCUUCGUUAAUACCAGGCGAUGCGAUUCCCAGUCUCGUGGACCUCGGGAAGACGCAGCAGAUUGCUCGCAGUAUGCUGGGCUGUGGACUUGUCUUUGACAGCCUUCAGCUAUUCCAAAAUCUAGUCAAUCAAGGAACCGCUGCACUGUCAAGGACGAGUGACAGCGAUCUUUCUGAUCUGGAAAUAUUUCUUACCAGUGUGGACGGUGAUAUUGUACAAGCUAUGACUGCUGUUCAGAAGUCUCUCUUUAUAGAUACCGGUGCGCGGGUGAUGAAUGAUGGAGAGCAAAGCAUGGUAAAGCAUCUCUAUCAGUCACUUAUGGACUGCCAUGGCACUCUCAAGAUGACAAAGCGAGACUUCCCCUUUGGACGAAGUCUAGUUUCAACAGCUGGGAUUCUUGGGUUACCCCGAGCUGCGCUUCCAGAUGCGAGCCAGGAACUUUACAAGCAGAUUGCUCUAGCACAACCUCCUCCACAAGCUCAAGAAGCAUUCCAGUUGAAUGGACGCAAUGUGCCUCGAAUAUUUUCAGGACUUUGGCAAAUGUCGAGUCCUGCCUGGGGCGCUGCCUCCACAUCUAAAAUCGUAGAACAGUUCUCAAAACAUGUACAGCAAGGAUUCACGGCAUUCGACAUGGCUGAUCACUAUGGAGAUGCUGAAGUUGUAUUUGGCCGCUUCUCAUCGCUGUAUCCUCAUAAAGACGCGAUAUUCACAGCAACGAAAUACUGUGUCUUCCACCCAAUGGCCAUAUCUCGCGAAGCCGUACAGGCUAAUGUCAGCGAGAGAUGCCGACGGCUACAAACAGAAAAAAUUGAUUUGUUACAGUUCCAUUGGCAGUUUUACGAGAACCCAGAUUAUCUACAGGCUCUCCAAUACUUAGCAGAAGACAGUAGAGUGGCAGCAGUUGGACUGUGCAAUUUCGAUACAGAGCAUCUUCUGAACGUUGUCAAAAGUGGCGUCAAAAUACACACCAAUCAAGUUCAGUUUUCCCUCGUUGACUCGCGGCCUAUCUUUGAAAUGGGCAGUGCUUGUGAGAAACACGACAUCAAGCUCUUGACAUAUGGCACACUGUGCGGUGGUUUUCUUGCCGAUAAAUGGCUUGGAAAGGCUGAGCCAGAUGUGUAUGACGGAUCGAUCACACCUAGCCAGAGAAAGUAUUUCGAGAUGAUUCGCAGCUGGGGUGGCUGGGAUCUUUUCCAAGAGCUUCUUGCUACUCUAAGAACUAUUGCUACGAAACACAAUGUCGACAUAUCCAACGUCGCAACACGCUGGGUACUAGACUUUCCCUGCGUGGGCGCGGUUAUUGUCGGUGCGCGUAUGGGAAUCAGCGAACACACAGAUGAGAAUCUGCGCAGCUUUGGAUGGUCCCUUGACUCGUCAGACCAGAAUAUGCUAGAAGCUAUUCUGGGGAGAAGUAGAAGAGUGGAUAUUUAUAAACAUAUAGGUGAUUGCGGAGCUGAAUAUCGAUAA